CGCCCAGUCGUGUUCUGCCCGUCACCGCGCCCACCUGCUGCCGGCGUCUACGGAGCAGCCCUAGCAUUAACCACUUCACAAAAAGGUCAAGUGGCACGGAUCACGGCGGAAAAAAGGCUAAUUCAGGCUACUUCUACCUUGUGAAACCAUGACGAACCUUCUGCCCCCGCCGCCACCCCUCCCGCUGCCCACCAAGUCCCUGCUUCUGCUGCUCCUCCCCCUGCUCCUGCUUGUUCUCUUUGUCCAGCCCGCCAGAGGCGUGGCCGUGAAUUAUGAUGACGUCCCGGCAGGAGACGCCCACCUCCCACGCUUCGGGGUGCUGCCCGACACGCUCAUCUUGGAACAACAGGAACAACAUCGUCUGGACCAGGAGCAGCCGUGGAUUGCGCUGGUGCUGGCCUUGACGAAGCUUGUCACGCACCUAGCGGAGCCCUACGUUGGUUCCUUCCCCAACCUGCCCAUCGACUGGACCUCCGUCAUUAAGAACAUUAACUACAUCCUCGAUAAAAGCUCUUUCGGCAUCGGACCUCUGCGGGCGGCGGUGGUGGGCGUGGUGGCCAUGGCUGUCCCCGUCAUCAUGCAGGUGGGGCGGACGAUUGUGGACGUCAUUGCGAGUCUGCUGGACAACACCGUGUACGUGGUGACGGGGCACGGGCUGGGGCGCCGAUCCAUGCCCAACGAUGUGAUGGAGGAACUAUCGGACGUGGCGCUCCGCCUCGUCCACCUCGUGUCCCGCCACCUGGGCCGCUGAGGCUGCUUGCGCGUCGCCAUCUUGUUUUAACCACACAUCUUGAGUUACUUAAUAAAAAACAACACUUGGCAA